AUGCUAGCGGGCUGGGGGGUACUUUAUGGGAAAUUGCAGCAGGGUGUGGUGGAGAACAGGCAGAUCCUGACCAUUGCGUCUAUGCGUGCGGAGGCGGAAGAGGCAUAUGGACUCCGCAUGGGAGACAUCGCUCCAAGUGUGGAUCGGAUGACGGCCGUGGGAUUCGGCAAGGACGAUGGUGCAAGUGUCAGAAAGGCAUACGAAGGAAUCCGCACUGAGAUGGUCGAGGCAUCAAAGAACCACCAGAAAAUCUCCAACAACAUCCGCGAGUUAGUCGUGACACCUUUCCGACGCUGGGGCGAGCAGCAUGAGAUGCGUGUGCAGUAUUCGCAUGAUCUUCUUCAGACUCGCAUCAAGGAACACACCAAGCAGGCAGAGUUAGUUCGGAAGCUGCGCAGUACUUAUUUCAACAAGUGUCGUGUUGUCGAGGAUUUGGAGGAGGAGAACAAGCUCGCUUUCCAGGACCCCGAGACCAGCCCGAAAGUCAAGCCUACGCCGAAGAUCGUUCUGCCCACCGAGGAGGAGCCAGAUGAAGAUCCUAUUGAACUCGGCGAGCGGGUCUUCCCUCCCGAUCAUAUCAAGAAGCUGCUCGCCCAUAUGCUGGAUCAUAUCAAGCUCGGAGAGGCGAAGGUCCCUAUCAUCGGUACCUACCUGAACGUGUCGACCGGUGCGGACAUCGCGCAAUACAUUCAAACCUAUAUGGAGGCGGAGAACCUUACCCAGGUGGAGAGAAUCGGUCAGGACAUGGUUGACAAUGGGCUGCUUCGUUUAGUCGGAAACAUGGGCAAUGUCUUUGCCAACAGCUCCAAGAUGAACUACCAAUGGCGCCCCAAGGUUUUCCAGCUUACUGGUAUCCCCGAAAAGAAGAAGCCCCUCAUGCGUGUCACCUCGGUGGCAUCAAGCGAGGAUGGCAGUGUCAGCGAAUCUCCCAUCACAUCUGUCUCCGAGAUGCUGUCUGGCUGGAACCCUCUGAACAAUCCUUAUCCCAACGAAACACCCUCGGAUAAGCUCCGAAGAGAGGCCCUGGAAGCCGACGAACGGUACAAGGUUGCCGUGCGCAGGCUUGACCAGAUUCGCUGUCGACUGGAGGAAGAAGUCAUUGCCCAGCUCAAAUACAUGGAGCAGUGCGAACUUGACCGUCUCAAGGCUAUCAAGGCUGUUGUUCUUGACUUCUCUGGUGCGAUCAGCAACGUCAUUCCCAACCUGCAGAGCACGGUUGACCACAUGAUGUUGUAUCAAGAGACAAUUCAGCCUCUUGGUGAUUUGAGAUAUUUGCUUGAGAACUACCGCACCGGUGGAUUUGUGCCCAAGAUCCAAGCAUACGAAAAUUACUAUGGCUCCGUUGAAGAACAAAACUUUGGUGUCGACCUUGAAGCUAGGGCCCGCGUCGACCGCAAACGUGUCCCAAUCCUGGUCACCACUAUUCUCACUUAUCUCGACAACCGCUAUCCUGAGCUUGAAGGCGAUGAGACGCGCCGGAUGAUUUGGCUCACUGAUGUUGACCUUGCCCGGACGCACAAGCUGCGUUAUGUCCUGAAUAACAGCAAAGCCGACUACAAUGAACUGCUGCCCCAGUUUGAAAUCCCUGUCAUUGCAAGCGUUCUGAGAUUGUACCUCCUUGAGUUGCCAGACUCCCUGGUUUCCUCACAAGUCUACGAAAUCGUGAAAACCAUCUACUCUACUACUGCCCACGAAACCACGGAGGAAGGCCGAAUCAAGGUUCUGCAGAGCACCCUUGGACAGCUUCGCCUCGUGAAUAUUGCUACGCUUGAUGCCAUUAUGACCCACUUCACACGCCUGAUUGAUUUGACCUCUGCCGACGAAGACUACAUCACUUCCUUGGCACAGGCCUUCUCCCCCUGUAUUCUCCGCCCUCGAUUCGAGAGCAGCUUGACGAUGAACGAACGCCACAGCUACCGACUGAUUCGCGACCUGUUUGCCCACAAGGAUGCCAUCUUUGGUGAGCUCAAACGCCAAUCGAGUGCUCUUGGCAUCAACAGCACCGGGCACCAGUCCCGUGCACGAUCCAUUAGCACUGACGAAAGCAACCGACGUGCUGCCAUGGAAGCCCGUCAACGAGCCAUCGUCAACCGUAGCCGCGCCACCAGCCCUGCUGCCCGCCAAAGGCAUCGACGCGAUCGCUCCAGUGGCGCUUCUGAAAUGGGCCGCUUCCCGAUCAACGUCAACAGCCCAUCUUCCAUCGCCGACCGCAGAGCCGUUCGUGGCCCCAGUCUUGACGUGCCAACCAACGAGUCCGCACCCGCCGCCGCUGAAGUCCCUGCCAUUGCCACCCAAGUUGCUGAGCCUGUGACUAACGGCUCCUCCGUCGACUCUCCCACAUCGACUGCUGCCAGUAUCAGCGGCUAUUCCGGCUCACCUAGCCCUCCUCCCGUGUCCACCGGACACGAAACUGUCUCAGAUGAUUCGCCAACUCCCACCCCCACACCUGCUGUUGCAUCUUCCGAGUUCGAUAAGCGGAAUUCAGUAUCUCGCUCCUCUGUACGAAUGAGUGGUCGCAAAGCAGGUCUCGGUAGCUUGUCCAGCUUCCCCACCGGCUCUGCUGUCGGCGCGGCUGGAACAGACAGCAAUCGGAGCAGCAUUGCUGAAAGCGAGCCUAACCGAGUCACUUUGGAAGACAAGCCCAUGGACGACUAA